AUGGAGCCCCAACCCGCGCCCUUUCGCACCGCCCUCAUCGCCGGCGCCGUCGCCGGCACCACCGUCGACCUCUCCCUCUUCCCCCUCGACACGCUCAAGACGCGACUGCAGUCGUCGGCCGGCUUCUUCGCCUCUGGCGGCUUCGCCGGCAUCUACCGGGGCAUCGGCUCCGCCGUUGUCGGCUCCGCGCCCGGCGCCGCCUUUUUCUUCUGCACCUACGAGUCCGCCAAGCACUACCUCGCCCCCCGCAUCGGAGCAGGAUCAGGAGCGAGCAUCGGGAGCGACGCGCUCGUGCAAAUGAUGGCCGCCAGCCUCGGCGAGGUCGCCGCGUGCGCGGUGCGCGUGCCUACCGAGGUCGUCAAGCAGCGCGCGCAGGCCGGCCAGCACGGCGGCUCGUCGGCGCGCGCGCUGCGCGCCAUCUUGCGCUCCUCUCCCGGCGGCAUCUCGAGCGUGUGGCGGGAGCUGUACCGUGGUUGGGGGAUUACCGUGUUCAGGGAGGUGCCGUUUACGGUGAUUCAGUUUCCGCUGUGGGAGGGCAUGAAGGCGUGGCGGCGCCGGCAGCGGCAGGAAACGAGUGGGAGCGGGAGCGGGAGCGGGAGCGGGAGCGGGAGCGGGAGAGCGACGGUAAGCCAGGUAACGGCGGCGGAGAGCGCGCUGUUUGGGAGCGUGGCGGGCGCGGUGGCCGCGGCGGCGACGACACCGCUGGACGUGCUCAAGACGAGGGUCAUGUUGUCACCCGAGAGGGUCUCGGUGGCGGCCGUGUUCGGAAGGAUGGUGAGGAAAGAGGGCGUGAGGCCGUUCUUUGCGGGCGUCGCGCCGAGGGUGACGUGGAUAUCGAUAGGCGGUGCGAUUUUCCUGGGCAGUUACCAGUGGGUGGUGAACACGCUAGAAAUGAAGUCGUAG